UCAUCGCUUGACUCAUGUGAAAAACAUCCAUAUGGGUCCGGAUCCGAUGUGGGAAAUAAGAAAUCUGUGCUGCUAGCUGUGCAGCUGUCGUCACGGCCGAAAAAGACGCACCGUCGCCGGCUACAGGAGAACCAGAACAGUCCGGUACAACAGUUUGAAUAGCUGAGGUGGAGGUCGAGGAUGGCCGCAGACGUGGAUAAAACAAUCCCCGAGGAAAGGAGCCAAAAUUCGGCGCGGGAUGGGCAGCAGGGUCCGGGCUCUGGAUCCUGGAUCUCCCGGGUUCUGUGGACUCUGCUCAUAGUUGGUGCUGUCCCGGUUUUCGCCUUUGGAUUCAAGUAUUACCAAGACACCCAGCUGCUCAAACGUCAUGAAGAGAGUGUCCAGACGCUGGGCGCCGAGGGGCUUUUCCUCUUCUCCUCCUUAGACACCAAUCAUGACCUCUAUCUCAGUCCGGAGGAGUUCAAGCCGAUCGCAGAGAAACUCACAGGGAUUACACCCCCAGCGGAUUAUGAGGAGGAAGUGAUCCAUGACCCCAAUGGAGAGACUUUGACCCUGGAGGCAAGAAUGCAGCCGCUGCUGCUCGACUCCAUGACAAAAAGCAAGGACGGUUUUCUCGGGGUGUCUCACAGCUCUCUGAGCGGGCUGCGCUCAUGGAAGAGCCCGGCAGUGCCUUCUUCUUCCUUCUCCGCCGGCCAGUUCAGAGUUUUCCUUCCCCCGAAGAACAAAGUCGAGGUAGGAGACACCUGGUGGGUGAUUCCCAGCGAGCUCAACAUCUUCACGGGUUACCUGCCCAACAACCGCUACCACCCUCCCUCACCGAAAGGCAAAGAGGUUCUCAUCCACACCUUGUUGAGUAUGUUCCACCCUCGGCCCUUCAUCAAGUCGCGCUUCGCUCCUCAGGGCGCCGUCGCCUGUAUCCGCGCCAGCAACGACUUUUAUUAUGACAUCGUCUUCAGGAUUCACGCGGAGUUUCAGCUCAACGACGUCCCGGACUUUCCCUUCUGGUUCACCCCGGGCCAGUUCACCGGACACAUCGUUCUGUCCAAAGACGCCUCUCACGUGCGCCACUUCCACCUCUACGUCCCCAGUGACAGGUCUCUGAAUGUGGACAUGGAGUGGCUGUACGGGGCCAGUGAGAGCAGCAACAUGGAGGUGGACAUUGGAUACCUGCCUCAGUUAGAGCUGCAGUCCACAGGCCCGUCCACUCCCUCGGUCAUCGUGGACGAGGAAGGCAACAUCAUCGACAGCAGAGACGGCAGCAUGGAGCCCAUCCAGUUCGUCUUCGAGGACAUCCACUGGGCCGCGGAGAUCAGUCGGCAAGAAGCCGCUCGACGCCUGGACGUCACCCUCUACCCCUUCAAGAAGGUGUCCUACCUGCCGUUUUCAGAGGCGUUCGAGCGAGCCGAGGCGGAGAAGAAACUGGUGCAUUCCAUUCUGCUUUGGGGAGCGUUAGACGACCAGUCCUGCUGAGGUUCGGGGCGAACUCUCCGGGAGACAGUCCUGGAAAGUUCGCCCGUCCUGGCCUUGCUCAACCAAAGCUUCAUAAGCAGCUGGUCUCUGGUCAGAGAGCUGGAGAGCAUGCAGGCUGAUGAGCAGAACGGAGCGCUGAGCGAGAAGGCCAAAUUACACCUGGAGAAUUACAACUUCCCCGUCGAGAUGAUGGUGGCGCUGCCGAAUGGAACGAUUGUUCACCACAUCAACGCCAACUUCUUCCUGGACCAGACGGCCAUGAAACCAGAGGAGGAGGGAGCCACUUUUAGCUUUUCUGGCGGCUUCGAGGACCCCUCCACGUCCACUUACAUCAGCUUCCUCAAGGAGGGGCUGGAGAGAGCCAAGGAGUACCUGGCACAGUAAUUUGUGUGCAGGAAAAAUGUGGAUCAUCCUUCUGGGAUAUGAUCAGAGAUAAGGAAAAGUAUGUGGGGGAAGCUUUCUGAUCAGUGUUGGCAGCUGGGGAAAAAAACAAAAUUUUUGCCUUCUAUUGUCUUUGUUACUAUUUAUUUGGGCGUCUCUAAUGAUCAGAAUCUUUUCUACACAGUAUGUGUAACAAUCAGUACAGGGAAACAUUUAAACUUAAAGUUACUGUCUCUGUCAGUAAGAAGCAAAAAAGCAAACACAUUUAGAUCUGCUGUAACAGCUGCUGAAUAAUGUUUGACAAAGUAGGCACUGCAGACGUUAAGACAAAUCAAAAGUGCAUAAAAGCACAUCGAAACCAUCCACAUUCCCGUUUUAUUCUCUGGUGUUGCAUGUGCAAUAUUUAAUAACAGGGUGUGUUUUUUUUAAUGCUGUUGACUGUACCCAGAAAGCGAGCAGGUUGUUGCCUCCAGUUGUGUUUCUGCAGUUUGUGAAGACUUGGUCUGAAAGCUCUCCUCUGGGCCGGGCCGAGUCUGAUGUUCCUGCAGAGGCUGCUGGAGGACACACCCUCUUCUGACUCAGGGAACAGCAGCAGCAAAAAAACAAAACAAAAAACCCUGUUGAGUGGACUGUGGCACAUUAGAGGAAGUAUUUGUUUUAUUUUGUUAAACCAGAUGUUGAAUAUUUUUGCAGAUUUUUUUCUGUUCAGUGGAAUCAUCUCACCACGCCAAAGAACAUUUUGCAGUAGCUGGCGUGCAGCUCCGCACAGCCAAUAGGAUGCUUACCACUUGGUUUUAUUUAUUUAACUCGAUGGAACCAAAAGGGUUUAUGUUGCAAAUGUUUUUAAACUGCUUUAGGCAGUGUGUAUUUUUUUUUUAUUAUCAUCUUCCAGUAAAAACGAUGCGUUCUCUUGUGUUUUUAGUAAAACGAUUAAAAUCUGGAUCCAGCAGUAGUGAAAGUCUUCACAUCAAUCCUCUUAUUUUACAGUUUUCUGUCAAACAAAAGGACAUGUGAGGUCUCCAGGUUGUCGUCUUUGUGCUUAGUGUUGACUAGAAGCACACGAGCAUCAGAGACAUAUUUUAAAAUAGUUGACGGUGAAAGAUAUGGAAGUCCUGAGAGGUCAGAGUGAGAAGAAAUAUUAAGGCAAAAAAGGUCUUAAAAAUAAGAUAUCUAACGUGCAAGUUUUCUACCUAUCUCACUGAUAACAAAAAGGGAACAUAGGAAAAUAACAGACUUUCCAAAUGUAAUUCAGUGGACUUCUCUUUAAGGCAGGAUCCAAAGAAAGUACUGGAGCACACAAAUCACUUCAGACAAAUUUAUUUAGGUGCAAAGGAUUAAUGUUUCUAUGCAGUUCAUCUUCCUUAAGAGGGUUUUAACUUUGAGGAAGACGCACUGCCUUCAGUGGUUGGUGUGCUCCAGUACUUUCUUUGGAUCCUGCCUGAGAGAAGGAGUCUAAUGAAUUAGAUUUUGAACGUCUUGUGUCCUUCUCUGGAGCACCGAGCUCUAUUUGUGGAGCUACUAAAGUGCAAGAGUUACCUUAGGCUUCUACUGUGGUAGAAAAAUAACCACAUACUCAAAAGAAUAACACUAACUGUUAUCACAAACCAAAGAACUGAGCUGACUAGAUUUGAUUAUUUGGCCUUUUUCUUUUUACAAAAACUCAAACGUAACUUGUAGAGAUGAUCCCGGCAGAAGCUGUUACUGCAUCUUUUCUUCUGACGUGUUUUAAGCCAAUAAAGAGACAAUAAUAAAACUCACACUUAGAAGACUGAUAACCAGAUGUUUGUUCUUCUCACCUGCCUCUCUGGGCUUCUGCAGAAACUCGAUUAAUGACAGAUGUGAAUGUGACUUCCUGAUUGAUAUACAGUCACUCCAUGUCCGCUGCGUGUGGAAUAUCAAACUGUUUGGAGCCUUUAGGGGAAUAAACACUUAUUCUGUAACCUGAGUGCCAUUUUUACCACAAAGUUGAAAUAAACGUUGUUGUUUUUUUUGA